GAGGUGCCAGGAGGCUGCCUGGGUCCCCAACCGGGAUAUAUGUCCAAAUGGCCUUGCCACAGGAACUCUUUACCCUCAAAGCUCUGCUCCUCCUGGAGGCUUCUUAGACUCUAAAAGAUCAGUCCUAGCCAUCUUGUCAGCCAUCUCAGCAAGGGCUGACUGGGCUGAACAGCAAAGCAGAGGCGAGUCCUAAGAGUGUGGGGCCCAGUGCUAGGUGUGGAGCCUGGAGCCCGGCACCAGAGGAAGAGGAGAUGGAGACAUGCAGCUGGAACCCAGCCAGAGCCGAGACUGAGGCCUGAACUAGGGGCGGGGUCUCAGGCGUAGGCAAGUGCCACGAGCUUUAAAGGAGGCAAACGGCAAGGACAGAAGAGGCGGGGGCUUUCCAACCAGAGGGCGGAGCGAAAAGCUGAGAGGAGUAGUGAUCUGACCCAGAAGAGGAGGAACUUAGGCCCCGGAGGCGGAGCCAGGGGCUGAAGGGGACCACUCUCUAGGACAGAGUCCGGUGGCAUGGAAAGGUGGGGCUGAGCCCGAAGGUGUCGUCUGUGUCUGGGAGCCUUCGUGUGCACCGGCUGUCCCCAAUGGGCCGUGUCGCGGUGGUGGUGGACCAGGGCUCAGGCUUCACCAAGGCGGGCUUUGCGGGCGAGAACCAGCCGCGCAUAGUGCUGAAGAGCUCCAGCCUGGUGCCCAGCUGGGAUCGGCCGGUGCUGCCCGGCGUGCCGGGCUGCGAGCUGGCGGGCGGCGUGGCGCGGGCGCACCCCAUCAAGCACGGUGUGGUGGUGGACUGGGAGGCGCUGGAAGGGCUGUGGGAGCGCCUGCUGGUGGGCGGCCUGCGGGUGUGCCCGGAGCAGUGGCCCGUGCUGGUGAGCGACUCGCCGUCGGCACCGCCCGCGGGCCGCGAAAGGGUAGCGGAGCUGCUGUUCGAGACCCUGGCAGUGCCCGCAUGCCACAUGGCCAGCACCGCGUUGCUGGCGCUCUGCUCCACUGGCGUGUUCAGUGGGCUGGCCGUGGAGGCGGGCGCGGGCGUGUGCCAUGCCACGCCCAUCUACGCAGGUCACUCAUGGCACCAGGCCACUUUCCGGCUGAACGUGGCGGGCAGCACCCUGUCACGCUAUCUACGGGACCUGCUGGUGGCGGCGGACCCUGAUCUCUCGCAGCAGGCCCUGCCCCGCAAGGCCAUCACACAUCUCAAGAAGCGCAGCUGCUAUGUGUCCCUGGAUUUCGAGGGCGACCUCCGCAACCCCGCCCGCCACCAUCCGGCCAGUUUCAGCAUGGGUAACGGGUGCUGCAUCUGCCUCAGCAGCGAGCGCUUCCGCUGUCCCGAACCCAUCUUCCAGCCGGGCCUGCUGGGCCAAGAUGAGCCGGGGCUGCCUGCGCUGGCCUUCCGGGCGCUGCAGAAAAUGCCCAAAAUGCUGCGGACACGGCUGGCAGACACCGUGGUGCUGGCCGGCGGCUCCACGCUAUUUCCUGGCUUCGCCGAACGCCUGGACAAGGAGCUGGAGGCGCAGUGCCGGCGACACGGCUACGCGGCCCUGCGGCCCCACCUGGUGGCCAAGCAUGGGCGUGGCAUGGCUGUGUGGACUGGCGGCUCCAUGGUGGCCUCGCUGCACUCCUUCCAGCGCCGCUGGAUAACCCGGGCCAUGUACCAGGAGUGUGGCUCCAGGCUGCUGUACGAUGUAUUCAACUGAGUCAGGCUGGACUGGGGGUAGGGGGGUACCGCGGUGGAGGACAGCUCUCUAUCUAAAGAGUCUCAAGUGUUUGGAGCUGGCAGUGUCCUCCUGAAGGUUGGCGCUGACUGGACGGGUCACCCCCAUACCCUUUCCAGGCUAGGAGGUGUUUGGGACCCAUGGGACCCUCAUUUUGAAUUGCAGUUUGAAUCUUCCCCAACCACUGCCAGUUCAGAGAAUGCCAGUCUAGCUGCCCACCCCCAAGCCCCACUUCAUGGCAAUAAAAGUGAUGCCCCCACCUGUC